AUGCAACAACCAGGCCGGCUGAGGCUGAGGCCGUGGCUGGAGGAGCAGAUUCAGUCUGGGAGGUAUCCAGGAGUCAGCUGGCUGGACCAGUCCGCACGAAUCUUCCAAAUCCCGUGGAUACACGCCGCUCGUCAUGGAUGGAGUAUUGACCGGGAUGCUACAUUGUUCAGGAGUUGGGCCAUGCACACUGGACGGUAUUGUCCAGGCAAAGACAAGCCGGAUCCAAAGACAUGGAAGGCAAAUUUCCGCUGUGCCUUGAAUUCCCUGCCUGACAUCUGCGAGCUGCGGGAGCACAGCAAGAAGAGAGGCAGCAAUGCCUACAGAGUCUACAGGAUGCUGCCCAGCACACAAACACACAGACGCAGGAGAGGGUUGCGGUUGAUCAGCAGGCCUCGAGAAAGACAAGCGAGUUUAGGUGAUGAUGCACACGCCCCGCAUGCUUGGCAACCCGCAACAACAAGACCCACAUCAGACGCACCACAGAAGGGGGAGACCUCUGCAGAAAACACAUUUGGCAACAUGCAAACGCACGGGACUUGGGAGGCCAAACCAGAGGACCAGGAGCAGAACGAGGCUGUGUUUAAGUUGAUGGACCACUUAAGCAACACUGACGUCUGGAACCAGACUGGGGAGCAGAGAGGAUGGAGAACACACACACUGUGGGACCACUGGCACUGUGCUGGUGAGGAUAACCUGUACUCUCUGCACACAGAGAACUACAGUGAGCUGUUUGGUCCAAACUACAUCAAGGAGCUCUCAGAUUGGUCCAUGCACUAA